AAAAAAAAAAAAAAAAACAGAGGAAAAGAGAAGUAAAAAGGAACGCACUUGCUCUGGAUGUGUAGUCUAGGUUUGACUCGUCGCAUCCUUCGGAAACCUCACUUCCACACUCCGAAGACCCUGCGCGCCUCCAGCGGCAAACAGCAGUCGUCCACGGCCGCCGCAGCUUCUGCACGCUGAAGCUUGACGGGAGAGCACACGGAGAAUGCAGAGCUUGAGGGUUUUUCCCCGAAGCCCACCAGCAGCAAUCACAUCUGCUACAGCUUCAUUGCCUUUAUUCAAGUCUGCUUCUCUCCCAGUCAAUCGGAACAUGAAAUCAUCCAAUAGUUUUGUCCUAAAAGUCCCUCAACACUAUUGCAGGGCUUCUUUGGAAGCUCAAGAUGCUUCUCCCAGGGACUCCAAUCAACAGGUCCAUGGGCUGUCACAAACAGUUGUGGGUGUUCUCGGUGGAGGGCAACUUGGGCGUAUGUUAUGCGAAGCAGCUUCCCAGAUUGCCGUGAAGGUGGUAAUACUAGACCCAAUGGAGAACUGUCCCGCAAGUAACUUAUGCCAUGAACACAUGGUGGGAAGCUAUGAUGACAGUGCUACUGUUGAAGCAUUCGCCAAAAGAUGUGGGGUGUUGACCGUUGAGAUUGAGCAUGUUGAUGCUGCAACUCUUGAAAGGCUUGAACAGCAAGGGGUGGAUUGCCAACCUAAAGCUUCAACAAUCCGGAUCAUUCAGGAUAAGUACCUUCAGAAGGUUCACUUUUCAAGACAUGCAAUCCCAUUGCCUAAGUUCAUGCAGAUAGAUGAUCUUGAUAGUGCAAAAAGAGCAGGAGACCUAUUUGGUUACCCCUUAAUGAUAAAGAGCAAGAGGUUGGCUUAUGAUGGACGAGGCAAUGCUGUAGCUAAAAGUGAAGAUGAGAUUCCUUUGGCAGAGCUUUCUGUCAUUGUGGCUAGAGGAAGAGAUAAUACGAUAGUGUGCUAUCCUGUCGUGGAAACUAUCCACAGGCAAGAUGCUUCUUCUAUUGUAGAGAACAUUUGUCACAUUGUCAAGUCACCUGCAAAUGUAUCUUGGAAGAUCCUUAAACUUGCAACAGAUGUUGCCUACAAGGCUGUGAGUUCACUGGAAGGUGCUGGCGUGUUUGCGGUUGAGUUGUUUUUGACAACUGAUGGUCAGAUCUUACUGAAUGAAGUGGCUCCUAGACCUCACAAUAGUGGACAUCACACAAUUGAGUCCUGUUUUACUUCACAAUUCGAGCAGCAUUUAAGGGCUGUUGUUGGACUUCCACUUGGUGAUCCAUCAAUGAAGACUCCAGCUGCUAUCAUGUACAAUAUACUUGGUGAAGAAGAGGGGGAACCUGGUUUCAAUAUUGCGAAUCAACUUAUCGGACGAGCACUGAGGAUCCCUGGGGCAACAGUUCAUUGGUAUGAUAAACCAGAGAUGAGGAAGCAAAGGAAGAUGGGUCAUAUCACAUUAGCUGGCCCUUCUAUGGGUAUUGUUGAAGCUCGCUUGAAAUCCAUGUUGAAUGAAGAAGCAAAUGAAAAUCACCCUGCAGGUAGUUGUUCUACUGCAGAAUCACCACGAGUUGGAAUCAUAAUGGGCUCCGACUCUGAUCUCCCUGUUAUGAAGGAUGCUGCAAAGGUCUUAAGAGAGUUUAAUGUUCCGACAGAGGUAAGAAUAGUGUCAGCUCAUCGGACUCCAGAAAUGAUGUUUUCUUAUGCUUCAUCUGCUCGGGAGCGUGGUAUCCAGGUCAUCAUUGCUGGUGCUGGAGGUGCCGCUCACUUGCCAGGCAUGGUAGCUGCUUUGACCCCCUUGCCCGUGAUUGGUGUUCCUGUUCGUGCUUCUACAUUAGAUGGACUGGACUCCCUGUUGUCUAUUGUUCAGAUGCCAAGGGGAGUCCCAGUUGCAACUGUGGCAAUAAACAAUGCUACAAAUGCAGGUCUGCUGGCAGUAAGAUUGUUGGGAAUUAGUGACAUCGAUUUGCAAGCUAGGAUGGCCCAAUACCAAGAAGAUAGAAGGGAUGAGGUGCUGGUAAAGGGUGAUAAACUGGAAAAAGGAGGUUGGGAAGACUACCUCAAUUCAUGAGAGUUUUGGGUGCUUUUCUUUCCUGAGUCGACUUUUUUGUUUCCCCCAGCUUGUCUGACCAAGAACAAUAUUUGCGAGCCCAAUAAAUUGAAAAAGAUGCACAAAUGUUGAAGACUGAUUGAUAGCUGCUUAACUACUGAUUUUGGAUGCAUAGCAUGGAAAACUAAGGUCAGAUACGCCUUUCUAGCAGAUCAUUCAGCUCAAUUCGUAGGUUGCAGCUUUUUUUUUUUUUUUCUUUUGAUUGACUUCUUCAAUCUUUGUUUCGACCUGGAGUGUAGUAGUGUAGAUACUGCCCGUCUGGGGAUUUUGCAAAUAUUUUCUUCUGUAUUUUUUCUUUAAAGAGUGGAGAUCAUCAUGACUGAUCAAACUAAUGUAUCUGUGGUGUGUACCAAUUUGGUCUGCCUGUGCCCAUCCUGUUCUUCAACAUUGAGGCAUUUGGAAUGUGGCCAGCUGAAGAUACUUCUAAGUGGUAUCAUUUGAUUUUUCAGAAGGUGGUCUCAUUUACUCUUGAAUAAAGGGAUACAAUGGUAGUUUUGAUGAUAGUAUAAGUGAAUCAAGGAUGUUGAUACUUAGAUAAAAGGCAUUGCGGAUUUGGAUGAGAAAUGAAAAGAGAUGAUAGCCCAUAAUACUUUUAGAUGUAUGCUUUUACUGUAUAGAGCCACUUGGUGUGAACUAUCAGGUAUGUUUACGAAGAUUAUCUGGUAGAAUAGGCAGUUUUUCGUCAGUUUUGCCUUUCUAAAUUCAUGAAUAAAUGAAAUAGCAAAAUUUUGUUUUGUAUUAGUUGAACAUAUUACUCCCGAGAAAAAAUAUUGGUACUUAUAGAGUUAAAGAUA